AUGGAGGCCGCCUGCGGACCCCGAGGAAGUGGAGAGGGGUCGUGACAGAGCAGAAGAAGUUGCCUAGGUUCGCACAGACGAAGAGUCAAUUGAGAGACAGACUGCGACCCUGGAAGACUCCUCGUUCCGACUGGACCUAGAAAUUGCGGAGGCGGCCGGGUAAACGAGAAGGAAGGUCCUUUGGCCCGGAGUAGAGGAAGGCAGGACCUGCCUGCCCACCCGGAAGAUGACCUACUACGGAAAAUGCAUCGAAGCUGUGGUAGAGCAGCUGGGCCAGUUCCGGUCUGAGAAGGACAGCACCCAGCAGUUCCUGGAGACCAUGAACCCUGACCUGCAGACGUUGAGCCCCCCGCAGCAGGUGUUUAUCCUGGAGGUCCUGUCCGGCUGCCUGGAGUACCGGAAGUUGCUGAAGGUCGUGGUGGACGCCUUCUACGUGCGGGAUGGGCGGUUCUGCCUGUGGGUGGACUACCAUCUCUUCGAGGUGAUCUGCUACCUGGCCACCUUCCAGCUGGAGGAGCUCGGCUUCCAGCUCUUCUGCAAGAUCAUCAAGUCCCAACCCCUGGACAAGAUGUGUAAGUUCCUCCGGUUCUUCUUCAACCCUCUGUACCUGUGCACCUGGAUCAAGGACGAGUGGAGUCUGAUCUAUGAGACGACCCACGUCCAGACGAACUGGAUCAGCCCCCUGACGAGGUGGCAGCCGAAGGUCCAGGAGUUGAUCACCGAGUUGGAGACGAUCUUGGCCAACGGGCAGCCUGUCGUGAAGACCAAGGUCAAGGUCACGGAGCCCAAGGAGUUCAAGCUGACUGUCCCCAGGCCCCGCGCCAUCCCGGUGCCCGAGCCAGUGCCAGUCGUGGCCAAGCCCAAGCCGCUUGGGUGGGUGCCCCUGGUGGGCCCGAGACCCGGCCGCCUCUCCACUCUGAUCCCACAGGGCUCCGAGAAGAAGCUGCGGCUGCAAGUCCCACCCCGGAUUCGCAGGACACCGACACUGACCUUCUACAAGCCCGACAACGUCCCAGUCAAACUAAACACGGCUGCCAUCCUUCGAGAAGGGGCCUUGUACCAGCGGCAGGUGGAGAGAGAGUUGGAGAGGGUGGACAAGCUUGUGGACGGGGCUGGGGACUUCUCCGAGUUUCUCGAGUGGCAGAAGAAGAUGCAGAUGAAGGACCAGGAGGAGCGGCGGGCCGCAGAGGAGUGCCGGAGGCUGCAAGGGAAACUCAGCCACGAGGAGGCCAUCCUGGCCCGGCAGAAUCUCGUGCAAGAGAACAAGCAGAAGGCGGAACAGAAGAAGGAGGAGGCGGUGGCCCUGAGGCAGCAGUGUGCCGAGAGGCGCCUCCAGGAGCAAAGGUCCAUGAAGCAGCUGGUGGAGCAGGUGGCGGAGGCACAGAAGAACGUCCGGGUGGUGCAGACAAGGCUGGUGAAGGGCCGCCGGCAGAUCGCUCAGGAGGUGAUGGAGAAGAGCCGGGAGCUGCUGCAGCAGAGCGCCCAGGAAGCCCGGGAGCAGCAGCGGCAGCGGUGCGAGCUCAUCUCCCAGCUGCGUGCCAUGGAGACACAGCCUGUGCACCCAGGCAAGCUGGUGGACCUGACCCAGAUCCCGGGGCACGGGCUGGAGGGGGAGAUGUCCAUUGUGGAGCUCCGAGAGCGCCUGGCCCUGCUCAGGGAGGCCCAGCAGCGGGCACAGGAGGAGAAGCGAGACCAGAUCAUCCAGGGUAAGCGCGCCAGGAGCCAGGAGCUGCAGGAAACCAUGGAGCGCCUGUCAAUGUGCCGCGCGGCCAUGGGCAGGGCCGCCGCCCUGAGCCGUACGCCGAUCCGCGGACUACAACUCCCGAGAGGCCUCGCGGCCAAGCGGGCCGGCGGCUCUCGCGGGAAGACGGCGGCUUGA